AACGGCUCUCUAUUACAACUUAUCCAUAUCAUCUAAUGGAUAAUUUUCUAUGAGUUAACAUGAGCUCUAAAGUAUAUGAAGUGGUUGUCGUCGGAGGCGGCCCCGUCGGGCUUGCAGCCACAUAUGAAGUAGCCAAGACAGGGGCUAAAGUCAUUGUCCUCGAGCAAAACAACUUCUUUAACCAUGCUGGUAGCUCCAACGACCUAGCUCGUAUGUUCCGAACCAUGUACACGGAAGACGUCAUGGCCGAUCUAGCUGAAAAGGCUAUGGGCUUCUGGGACAAUCUCGAGAAGGACUCAGGAACAAUUCUUCGAUGGAUGACCGGCCUCCUCAACUUUGGAGAUAAAGAAUAUGGUAAUAACACACCAGAAGGAACGUUGUUGGGUCCGAUUGAUAAUCUCAAAAAGCACGGCAUGCCGUACAAGGAAUGGACCGCCAAGGAAAUCGAGGCUCGCUACCCCUUCAAGAACUUGCCCGCUGAAUGGACCGGUCUCUAUGCUUACGACAAUGGUAUCAUCAAUGUCCAACGUCUCUUGCGGACCUUGCUAAGCCUAGCCAAAGCUUAUGGCGCUGAGGCAAGGCAAAAUACGCAAGUCAAAAGAAUUUGUCCGCCUGAGCGUGGCAAUAGCACUUGGAAGGUCCACACGAACUCCGCCGAAACAAAUUAUACCGUAAUCGAGGCAAAGAAGAUAAUUAUUGCAUCGGGUAGCUACAUCAACGAUAUACUAAAGCCAAGCUUCGAUAUAUCCCUCGAUCUUGACAUUUGGGAGAUGGCGGUCAGCUAUUUUAAUUGCAAAGCUGGACCGGGUGGGACAAUCUUUCCCAGCAUGUGGUAUCAAUUCGCCCCCCCAAAAGGAGACAGAUCCCAGCUCUUCUACGGCUUCCCCACUCUGCCUUGGGGCCCUCCCAACGUCACGCGUAUUGCCAUUGAUGCUGCCACUCGCCGGAUCAAGGAUCCCAGCAAUAGAUUGACGAAUGUCGUUAAUCCCGACGACAUUUCUGACGUACAGCAAUUCAUAAAAGAACACGUUGUCGGCGUUGACUCCACGGUCCCGGCUUCUACCACGAGUUGCUUGCAGACCAACGUCUUUGACAAUAUGUUCGUCCUCGAUUUCAUACCGCAGAAGCACCUGAAAGAUGGUCCGCCCAAGAGCGUUGUGGUCUUCACGGCUGGCUGGGCCAUGAAGUUUGUGCCUUUACUCGGCAAGGCCUUGGCAGAUAUGAGUCUUAAAGGGGAGUCUGACCACACCCGACCAGAGUUUAAAAUUGACCGCAAAAAUCAAGUUACGGGUAGGAGCAUCAUUGUUAGUAACGACAAGCCAGAUGAGCAGCCGAAGAGUUCAUUUGAUACUUUGGAGAAGCAAGCAUCGGGCUCGUCUAUCAAGGGACUCCACAAUACAGGCUUAUCCCUUUAAUUGGCAUAAGACUACAGUCUCCAUAAAACCGGUAACUGUACAUCAGCGAUAGCGCAGGCCUCUUAAGCCUGUAAGCGUUGAGGCUCUC